AUGAUAUUAAUUAUAUCCAUAUUCGUAUGUGUUCUUGUUACUGUUAUAUACUAUUUUAAUGUUAAUAAUAAUUAUUGGAAAAUAAGAAAUGUGGUGCAAGUGAACUACGCUGCAUGGGACUUUUUCCUUGGAAAGUGUUCGUUGCCAGAAGUUUAUAGAAAUAUUUAUAACGAGUAUCCAAAUGAAGACUAUGUUGGGAUGUACUUAAAUUCAAAACCUGUACUUGUUUUGAAAAAUUUGGAAGAUAUUCGAGCUGUUUUGAAAGAUUCACACUGCUUUCACUCCCGUGGGUAUUAUGUUAAUGAUAAAGAAGACUUGAUAGAUAACUUACUUUUCAUGAAUGAUUAUCAACGCUGGAAGCUGGUCAGACAGAAAAUUACACCAGUUUUCACUAAUAAAAAGUUGAAAAGUAUGUCACAUUCAAUAUACCAAUGUUCAGACAAUUUAAUUAAUUAUUUAAAGAAUUAUCAAUGCGAGAAAAAUAAGAGUGUAUAUGAAAAAUUUAAUUUUGUUGCAAUCGGAUCAGCAAUAUUUGGAUUAGACUUUGUAACAAAAAAUGCAUUACAAUCGCCAAUAGUAAAUGCGCUUUGUAAACCACUCCCAUUUUUUCAUCGAUGUUUAUUUUCAUUAAAACUGAUAAUUAGCAUCCAAUUUCCAAUACUGCUUAAGGUUCUAAAUACAAAAAUAUUUGAUGAUUACAAAAAUCUUAUAUUGGAAGUUAUACAAAAAGUCAGUAAAUGUCGUCAAGAGACGCCUGGAAAAAGGGACGACUAUAUAGAUAUGUAUAUGGAAAUACAAAAUGAUGAAUCGAUUCAAGAUGCAUCAGGUUAUAAAGUAAAUAUUGAUCAGUUUGUGGCUUCCCAAGCAUUUUCGUUUUUUGUGGCCGGCGUCGAAACGACAGCAAGCGCUGUCGAUUAUACAUUAUUGGAAUUAGCAAACAACAAACACAUUUUGCAUAAGGUUCAUAAGGAAAUUGACGGAAUAUUUCAUGAAUAUAAGGAACUUAACUACGACAAUGUCGAAUCUAUGGAAUACCUAGACAUGGUUCUCAGUGAAGUUUUGAGGAAAUAUCCUCCGAUUGGGUCUAUGCAACGAAUGGCAACUGAAGAUGCAAUUUUGCCAUCGAAUUUAAAAGUUAACAAAGGUAUUUAUGUCAUUAUCCCAACAUACGCUUUGCAUAUGGAUACCAAGAAUUUCGAGGAGCCAGACAUAUUCGACCCAGAAAGGUUUUCUGCGGACAACGUUAGUAAAAUUAAAAAGUACACUUAUUUGCCAUUCAGUGGAGGAAAUCGUACUUGUAUUGGUGCAAAGUACGCGCGGCUUCAUAUGAAAAUUAUGCUAGCUGUUGUGUUGCGAGAAUUCACUUUAAAAAGUUGUAUGUAUAGGGUUACAACUUUUGAGCCUAAUUUAUUUACGCUAAGCAAUUCUAAUGUACAAUAUGAGUUAAUUCCCAGACUUAAAGGAGUAUAA